AUGAUGCGGCUCGCGGUGAGCAGAUCCAAGGCCGACUUCCUCCAGAGCCUGGGGCUAUCCAACGACAAUCCGGCAGACCGGCAAGUGUACAUUGCCAUCAAGCGCGAGGCCAUGGAGGGUCGCGCCCGGCUGUGCCAAAACCGCGACAAUCUCAUGCCCCAAUGCCGGGACGACGUGACGGUGCAACCGCCCUUUUCGUCCAGCCAGAUGAUGGAGACGGCCAUGCACCGCGAGGUCCUCCGCAUCUACAGCCUGGCCAGCCCGACCACGCGGCCCUACUACCAGCUCGGCCGCUUCAUGGACGGCGAGAACGUCGACAACUGGGUCAUCCGCUGGAUGCUUUGGAACACGUUCCGGUACGGCAUGAACAGGAAACGCCAUCCAGGUAACUGCCCUCCGCCGCCGCCGCCUUCUCCCGCAACACCACCACCACCACCCGCCCGGCUCUUGAACGCUGACCACGCAGACUCCUCUGACGAUUUGCUGAAUUCUCCGGAAGGGUCCCCUACUCUUAACACCGUAUCGCCCGUCGUGUCACAAGCGCCGCCAGCUGGCACCGACGGACGGACAGGUACGUCUCCGGCUUUUGGAUUCCUCGAAACCAUGCGUCCUCUGCGCCCGUCGUUUUACAGUGCGGCCUUCAUAAGUACUGAAAGAUGA